AUGGGAGUAAACAGUUCACGGAUAACAAAACCGAAUCCAAAGCAGGACACCACUAGCUUAAAUCUACGCCGCAAAAAACUGGUGAGAGACAGCAAAACAGUGCCGAAGUUGCCCACCACAAGUUUGCCUCGCUGUCGCCUACGCCUAAAAACACAUCAGAAAAUUUUGGACUAUCUGCAGCUUGAGGAAAGCCUGCUGAGUAUCCAAGAGGACGAAAAUGAGAACUUACUCGAUCAGAAAAGCAUGGUUGAGCAGAUGCGAGGAUCGCCCCUCAGUGUAGGCACACUGGAGGAGUUUGUGGAUGAUAACCAUGCAAUUGUGAGUGCAGGCAUAGGACCGGAGUUUUACGUAAAAAUUCUCAGCUUCGUUGAUAAAGAUGUUUUGGAGCCGGGAAGCACGGUUCUUCUGAACUACAAGGAUAAUUCAGUUGUGGGCGUACUGGAGGGAGAGACAGACCCGCUUGUGAGUGUCAUGAAGCUGGAGAAAGCGCCCACGGAGACAUACGCGGAUAUUGGUGGGUUGGAUUUGCAGAUUCAGGAGAUCAAGGAGAGCGUUGAGUUGCCGCUUACCAAUCCUGAAUUGUAUCAGGAAAUGGGAAUAAAUCCACCUAAAGGCGUAAUUCUCUAUGGAGUGCCAGGAACGGGGAAAACCUUGCUUGCCAAGGCAGUUGCCAACCAGACAAGCGCAACGUUUCUUCGAAUAGUUGGGUCGGAGUUAAUUCAGAAGUAUUUAGGUGAUGGGCCAAAGCUUGUAAGAGAGCUGUUCAAGCUGGCGGACCAGUACUCGCCAUCAAUAAUUUUUAUCGAUGAAAUUGAUGCUAUAGGAAAGAAAAGGUACGAUAGCAGUUCUGCCGCACAGCGCGAAAUACAGAGAACGAUGUUGGAGUUGCUCAAUCAGUUGGAUGGAUUCGAUAACAAGCCGGGAAUAAAAGUUAUCAUGGCUACGAAUCGUAUCGAGUCGCUCGACCCUGCCCUUAUAAGACCGGGCAGAAUUGACCGAAAAAUUGAGUUUCCCAUGCCCUCGGCUGCAACUAAAAAGGUUAUUUUUGAGAUACACACACGCCGGAUGACACUCGAUGAAAGUGUCAAUCUUGACGAGCUUGUGAGUUCUAAGGAAGAUUUGAAUGGUUCAGAUAUAAAAGCAAUUUGUACAGAGGCUGGAAUGAAUGCGCUGAGAGAGAGACGCAGACAUGUUUGUAUGGAAGAUUUCAUCAAGGCUAAGGACAAGAUAUUCUAUCUCAAGCAGGGAGUAAUGCCGCAAAAUCUCUACUCAUGAGUGUUUAAUAAAGGACGA